UCGGCAAAGUUGUUUGGUAGGUAAACGGCUUACAGAUUAUUGGUCGUUUAAUUGGAAAUUCCACCACUAGGCGGCGCUAGUGAGCAAAUAAACUUAAUAUCCUAUGUAUCUCGGGAACCUGAUAACUUAGAAAGAUGGUGUCUUCGACAAAGUUGUUUGGUAGGUGAAGUACUUACGGAUGAUUCGCAGUUUAAUUUGAAAUUUCAUCACUUGGCGGCGCUAGUGAGCACGUAAAUAUUAUAUAUUGUGUAUCUCUGGACCCUUAUUACUUAGAAAGAUAGUAGGGGUACUUACUAAACAGAUUGAAUUGCUGCGUAAGCCAUGAUUUUCUGUUUAUUUGAAAUGUUCAUGAUUAUGUGAAUGAAGUUGUAGCGGGAGGCGUUACAACCGUUAGUGCGACGAAGAAAAUAUUCAAUAGGGAUGGCGGAUAUUUGACGGAACGAUCCGUCACCGAACGCCAUCGUUUGUCAUCCGACAAUUGUCACGGCAUGAGUGGGGAAAAUGAAGAGAAAAAAAAAACAACAGAUGAUGGAAUGUAGUGAUGCAAAUUGUGCUAGAGCGGGAAUUUGAUUAAAUAUUGAAAUAGUCGAUAUCUUACGUGAAUUUACUAGUGGCAACUUGACCAAAUGAACUCUGUUAAUAGUUACUAGUUAGAUUCCAUGCACUAUUUCCCUGCUAGGGCUUUAUAUUUUGCGCUAAAAUUAGAACUUAAACUAUAUUUGCCAUGCAACAGUAAGUAAAACUACAUCCUAUUGUUAAACUUAAGACUAAGAACUUAAAAUCGACUUACUAGGUAUACUGACUAGAACGAUAAUUGGGCGGUAACAAGGACAGGGACGUUGAGACUAGAGUCACUGAAAUGUGAGUACAACACGAUAUGAAUGAUGAAUCAUGGGAUGUAAUUGGAAACUUUAUAUUUUAGCUUUAAAGCGUUUUGCUGAAUAAAUUAUGGAUUUCGCUACUAAGACAGUGACCCGUUUUUCCUGCGUCUUACACCGUGCCAACAAUCUUUAAAGAUUUCAACUCGUUGGAAUCGUGCUGCUGAGUAAGUACUGUAUGGUUCGUAGAGGUCAAACAGAGGGUGAAUUCACGAUGCCUACUACUACGCGAUCCGCGGCUAAAGCCAGCGCGGAGGAACAUCAGUGCAUUUGUGGGAUAUGCAAAAACCCCCACCACGUAGCAGAGAUGGUAGCUUGCGAGCGAUGUCGUCGUUGGUACCAUCGUACGUGUGCGGGAGUGGCUGAGAGUUUCAACGGCAGGUGGGCAUGCAAAGAUUGCAUCUCGAUGGUGACCAUCAGCGAAGCCUCAAUAUCAGGACGGACUAGCAGCACAUCCAGAUCUACACGGGUUCAGCUGCAACUAAUGCGAUUAGAGGAGGAGAAAAGGGCCCAGGAGAAGCUGAUUCUGGAGCAGCAGGAGCAGGAUCGUAUCCUACAGGAGAAGGCUCGGGCCGCAAAGGCUGCGCUGGAUAAGAAAUACCUGGACGAGAAGUAUGCUCUGCUUUUGGCCGAUGCCGAGGAUGAUGAUGCUGGGAGUCAUAGAAGUCGUCGCAGUCGUUCGAGCCGCAACAGCCAGGUGCAACAAUGGAUUCAUGGGCUGGAAGGAGCCGCCAAAGAAAACCCCGCUCCUGAAAAUGUCGACGAUAUCUUCCCUCCGAUUUCGGUUAGCAAUCACGUUAAUAUGCACGGUGGAGCGUGCGGUGGAGGAAUGCUAGCGAAGUACACUGGAACAGUUCCGAAAAUUCCACAAAAUCCGAUGAACGUAGCAGCGAGCAGGGAAAUAGAUCAGUUUUCGUCCAGGCCUGCAAUUGGAUGGGUCGCAGACAACGUUGGUACUGAGGGAAUGAGUACUACAGCCGGAAUGAAAGAGCCGAUCACAGCAUCAACCCCUAUUCGAUCGGAUGGUGUAGGUAGGCAGCCGACGGCGCGAAGUGUGAUACAAACGCAAUCAUCUAUGUACAUACAGCCAGUGUUGACACAGCCGGUGUAUACACAGUCGGUAUUUGCACAACGAAUGCAACCUCCACCCGCUCAGCCGAAGCUCGUCCCACGACCACCACUACCAACGUUCUUGUUCCAAGAACCAAUUUCAAGGCCAUCAGCUGAUCACGUACGUUCGUCGCUCCCGCCGAUAAGUGAGUCCCCGCUGCUACAGUCGAGAGUCGGACAAUGUACACAAUUGCCGUCAUCGAAUCCUGUACCACAACAGCCACAAACAUCUCGAACGUUGGUAUCGCCACCGUCACAGCCAUCGCAGGUAGUGCAGUCGUCGAUUGAAGCUUCCAUACAGUUAGCUGAGCAAAUAUCGAGCAUGCAACUACCACCAACGACAAGGGCGUCGUUCUCUCAGCUAUCGUCUCGGCAGCCGCACACACUGGCGUCGGCGAUGUGCGAUCAGCUCGUUGAGCAAUCGCAGCCUCCAUCUGUGUUGCGAGAAGCAAUUUCGUAUACCCCGCAACCACAGCACUCAUCCAAUCCGGAGAGAUUGGCCUCGCAAUCACCGAUCCAUCAGACGACGUCGUCAGUGUCGUUGCAACAACAGAACGAGCCAUAUGCUGCCCAGCUGCAGCAAAUGCAGAAUCAGCAGGCGAUGUGGGGCCAAUUCCAGCAGCAGUUGUCGGCCAGACAGGUAGUGCCGAAAGAGCUCCCUGUUUUUUCUGGUUGCCCAGAAGAAUGGCCACUUUUUGUGAGCAGCUUUCACAAUUCCACUGCAAUGUGUGGAUAUUCUCAAGCCGAGAAUUUUAUGAGACUCCAGAAGUGCCUCAAGGGUAGAGCACUAGAGGCUGUUCGGAGUAAUUUGUUGCUGCCCUCCUCGGUCCCGAAAGUAAUGGAGACUUUGGAGACAUUAUUCGGGAGCCCAGAGCGAUUAGUUCAGUCGCUGCUCAACAAGGUGCGCAGCGUUCCUACUCCAAAGGCCGAAAGGCUCGAGAGCUUGGUAAACUUUGGUUUGGUCGUACAGAACCUCGUUGGCCAUCUGAAGGCUGCCAACCAGCAAGCCCAUCUGUCCAAUCCAACCCUGCUGCAGGAGCUGGUGGAUAAGCUGCCGCCACACCUUCGAUUAGAUUGGGCUUUGUACAAAAGGAACGCUGGACUCAUCGAUUUGGGAACGUUUUGUGAUUACAUGAGUGCCAUCACGUCAGCCGCGAGUGAUGUGGCCCACUUCACCGAUUUCGAGGGACCUCGCACUGGCGGACACGAGAAGCAGAGGAAGGAUAAGGCCUACGUCAACGCUCACGUUUCUGCCGAACCACGAAGGAGCGAGCCGCAUGGAAAGAAGGUGGAGAGCCAGGAAAGACCUUGCUAUGUCUGCCAGAGCGUGAAGCACCGUAUCAGGGAUUGCAACAAGUUCAAGUCCUUGUCGUUCGGGGAUCGUAUGAAGGCGGUGGAAAACCAUCAACUUUGCUUGGUUUGCUUGGUGCCGCAUGGAAAGUGGUCCUGUAAAUCAACACGUACCUGUGGAAUUGGAGACUGCACCAAGAAGCAUCACCCAGCGCUGCACCCAAGUCAACAAUCGACGGCCAAACCAACGAAUUCUGAGAGUUCUGGAGCACGAUCGAAAUCGGACGCCGUCGUGAACAUCCAUCGGUGGAAUCACAAGACUACGAUGUUCCGUAUAGUACCAGUGGUAUUGCACGGAAGGGAAGCCAAGAUCUCCACCUUUGCAUUCCUCGAUGAAGGUUCAUCGUCAACACUGAUUGACCAGGAGGUAGCUGACCUGUUGAACCUUGACGGUAAACGGCAACCGUUGUGUUUGACAUGGACUUCGAAGGUUUCUCGUCACGAAACUGACUCUAGAGUGGUUUCACUGAGGAUUUCUGGGAAAGAAGACAGCGAAAGUUUCCCUCUGUCGGGUGUCAGCACUGUGCGUCAGCUGGAUCUUCCAAUACAGACACUACAGUAUGAUGAAUUGUCGCGUCGGUAUCCGUAUUUGGCCGGACUUCCGGUUAACAGCUACGAGGACGCUAUUCCAAGGAUCCUGAUUGGGUUGGACAACAUGAAGCUGUCGUUGCCUCUCAAGGUACGAGAAGGACGGCGCAGCGGACCAGUGGCAGCGAAAACAAGGUUGGGAUGGACUGUCUUCGGAAGCACUGACGGCACUAAAGUGGACUUUCGGUCCCCAGUAUUGCACAUCUGCAAGAGCACUGAGGAAACCGACCUGCACGACCUGGUGAAAGGUUACUUCGCAAUGGAGAACCUUGGCGUUUCCGUAGCGGAAGGACCAGAAGCAGAAGAAGAUCGAAGAGCGAAGGAGAUUCUACGGCGAACGACGAUCAAGCGUGCCGACGGGCACUACGAAACCGGGUUACUGUGGCGGUACGAUUCAGUGGAAUUACCAUCGAGCUACGGCAUGGCCGAACGUCGUUUGCUUUGCCUGGAGCGGAAGCUGAGAUCUAAUCCAGAUCUGCAAGCGAGCUUGGAAAGGCAAAUUUCCGAAUACCAGGAUAAAGGCUAUGCUCACAAAGCAACGCCUCAGGAGUUGGCAAAUAGUGAUCCGCACCGUACAUGGUAUCUUCCACUAGGAGUGGUAACGAACCCACGCAAGCCAGGGAAAGUGCGUAUUAUCUGGGACGCGGCCGCCAAGGCAAGUGGUGUGUCUCUCAAUGAUGUUCUAUUGAAGGGCCCAGACCUUCUUACGUCGCUUCCAGGGGUAUUGUGCCGUUUUCGUCAGCGAGAGGUGGCGAUUGCAGGUGACAUCCGCGAAAUGUAUCACCAGCUGAAGAUACGGAAGGAGGACUGUCAGGCUCAGCGCUUUCUUUACCGAAGCGACCCGUCUCAGAAACCGGACGUUUUUGUGAUGGAUGUGGCGACCUUCGGUUCGACUUGUUCGCCCUGCUCGGCGAACUUCGUGAAAAACAAAAACGCGCUGGAGUGGAAGGAAGAAUAUCCAGAAGCGUCAGCGGCGGUGAUAGAGAACCACUAUGUGGACGAUUACCUGGACAGUCGCGAUACGGAGCAGGACCUGGCAAUCUUGGCAUCAGACGUACGGCAAAUUCAGGCGGAGGCUGGAUUCGAGCUACGAAACUGGCGAUCGAACUCAAGAAAAGUGUUACAGUCUCUUGGAGAAGAUGCGGCGAUCCCAAUGAAAGAAUUCAAUGCCGACAAGGAAAGUCAGGUGGAACGUGUUCUAGGGAUGGCGUGGUUGCCGGCUGAAGAUGUGUUCGUGUACUACGUCAAGUUGCCGGACGACACUGAGCGUUCAGGUUCCUGCAAGGUCAUCACGAAGCGCAGUAUCCUGAGGUUUGUUAUGAGCGUGUUCGACCCGCUCGGACUGAUUUCGAACCUCCUCGUCCACGGAAAGGUGAUUGUACAAGACCUGUGGAGAGCUCAAGUAGGAUGGGACGACGCUAUCCCCGCAGAAAUAGAGCAGAACUGGAUUCGGUGGAUCGAGUACCUUUCCAAGUUGGAGAAACUUCGGAUUCCACGGUGUUAUUUUGCCGGAUACGAUCCGGAUAGUUUUCGUUCGUUGCAGCUCCAUAUUUUUGUAGAUGCAAGCGAGAGCGCUUUCGCUUGUGUCGCCUAUUUCCGCAUAGUCGAUCGUGGCCAGCCGAGAUGCGCUUUGGUAGCCUCAAAAGCCAAGGUGGCUCCGCUGAAGCCACUGUCAAUCCCACGAUUGGAGCUGCAGGCAGCAGUUAUUGGGAGCCGAAUAGCAAAAUCCGUCGCAGAGUAUCACACGCUGUCCAUAAAUCGCAGAUUCUUCUGGAGCGACUCUAAAACUGUACUUUCCUGGAUCGGUUCAGACGCCCGAAAGUAUCGCCAGUACGUAGCAGUACGGAUUGGCGAAAUCCUGGAUGAAACUCAACCUGAUGAGUGGCGCUGGGUGCCCACAAAACACAACGUUGCGGAUGAAGCCACCAAAUGGGGGAAACGCCCAGCUUUUCAUCCGGACAGUCGAUGGUUCACGGGACCGGACUUUCUUUUCCAGCCGGAAAAUGAGUGGCCACAGCCACAGAUACCAUUAGCGAACACGGAAGAAGAACUACGAGUCGUAAAUGUGCAUCGUGCAGAGAUAAUGGAACCGUUCAUCGAGUGCGACCGGUUCUCCAAAUGGGAACGAAUACUCCGUACCACAGCAUAUGUGUAUUCGUUCAUUGAUCGAUGCCGGAACUUCGGUAAGCAAGGAGCUUCGCGAAUCAAACAUGGAUUGACGCAGGACGACAUGCAGCGAGCAGAGAAAGCUUUGUGGCGGCUUGCACAAGCCGACGCCUACGCCGAAGAGAUAAACGUCCUGCGGAAACAGCAAGAAUCAGACGAACACAGUUCGUUGAAACUCGACAGAAGCAGCACGAUUCGUCAACUAUCACCAUUUUUGGAUAAGUUCGACGUGGUUCGUAUGGCGGGACGAACUGAAGCUUCGCCGGUGGCAAGUUACGAUGCGAAAUUCCCAGUAAUCUUGCCGAAACAUCAUCGCCUGACUGAACUUCUAAUCGACUGGUACCACAGACGAUUCGGCCACCAUAGCAACGAAACUGUGGUUAAUGAAAUUCGUCAGCGCUAUCACAUUUCCACUCUACGGACGGUGGUGCGCAAAGUUGCAAAGAAGUGUCAGUGGUGUACGGUUAACAGGGCGCUUCCUGAAGUACCCAGGAUGGCUCCUCUACCGGAAGCACGUGUCACUCCGUUCGUGCGACCAUUUUCAUUGGUCGGCAUUGAUUAUUUCGGCCCUUAUAUGAUAAAAAUUGGACGAAGUCAAGUGAAGCGUUGGGUGGCACUGUUCACGUGCUUAGUCGUUAGAGCGGUACACCUGGAAGUAGCCGCCUCAUUGUCUACCGAAUCAUGUAAGCUAGCUCUUCGGCGAUUCAUCGCUCGUCGCGGCGCACCGUUACAAAUCUUCUCCGACCACGGGACAAAUUUUGUUGGCGCCAGUCGGGAGCUGGCUGAUCAAGUAGCGGCAACGAACCAAGAGCUGGCGGAGACCUUCACGAAUGCUAACACCCGUUGGCUUUUCGUCCCUCCAUCUUCCCCGCACAUGGGCGGUGCCUGGGAAAGAAUGGUCAGAGCAGUUAAGGCAGCGAUGGAGUCGAUUAACCAUGCCCGUGCGCCGUCUGAAGAAGUAUUCAUAACAAUACUUUGUGAAGCAGAGUCAAUGGUCAAUUCCAGACCGUUGACAUACGUUCCUCUCGAAUCAUCGGAUCAGGAGGCUUUGACUCCAAACCAUUUUAUUCUCCUCAGUUCAAAUGGAAUCAAGCAGCCGGAGAAAGUUCCCACUACAGAAGGAGAAUCACUUCGGACCGGCUGGAACUUGUGUCGCUUUAUCCUGGAUCAGUUCUGGGCACGGUGGAUUCGGGAAUAUCUUCCGGAUUUGACUCGGCGAACCAAGUGGCACGAAGAGGUCAAGCCUAUUCAGGAAGGAGACAUAGUGUUCAUUGUUGGAGAAACGACUCGGAAUCGAUGGCCGCGAGGUAAGGUCGUGAAAGUUUUUCCAGGAAGGGAUGGUCGCAUCAGGCAGGUGGAUGUGCAGACGAGCUCAGGGGUUCUACGUCGUCCGGUGGCAAAACUCGCUGUGCUCAACGUUCUACCAACAGGUAAUCCUGCUGGAUCGGAGCAGCAUUACGGAGAGGGGAAUGUAGCGGGAGGCGUUACAACCGUUAGUGCGACGAAGAAAAUAUUCAAUAGGGAUAUUUGA